AUGCCCGUCACCGUCCGCAAAGUGUCCAGCCCCUCUGAGGAGGAGAUCCAGAAUUACUCCCAAGUCCUCGCGGGCGCGUUCAACUACAGGUACUUUGCAGGCGCGCUCAUGAACGACGUCUCGCUCCAAAUUCCUAUGCACCGCGCACACCUCGCUGCCGCGCUCACCGGCGAGGGAGAGGUCUGGAUCGCGGAGAUGUCGGAGGAGGGCGUCGUUGGCGUCGCCAUCUGGUUUGGUCCGGGGUUCAAGUUCCUCUCCUCAUGA